CAUUAAAGUAACCUAGGUUCCAGUUUAGCUUUUGCUGUCAUAUACAAAACAUCACCAUGAAUAGGAAAGUAGUAGAAGUUUUCAACACAAAUAAUUCGACAGACCAUCUCUCACGCGAUGGAAUGUUGGUUUGGAUUAACAACCGACUGGGGUCACAAUUCUACUUUAUCGAAGAGCUCCGCACGGGUGCUGCUUACUGUCAGUUAACGGACAUGCUAUUCCCACAUCAGGUGGCCCUGCAUCGCGUCAAGUUCAUGACGAAUGUGGAGCAUGAAUUCUUUCAAAAUUUCAAGAUUUUGCAGGCUAGCUUCGAUAAGAUAGGAAUAAAACAGGUGAUUCCUGUUGAAAAACUUAUCCAAGGCCGUUUUCAGGACAAUUUACAGUUCCUGCAGUGGUUCAAAAAAUUCUAUGAUGCUAAUUGCGGAAGUGUUAGCAAGGAUUACAAUGCCAAGGUGGUUCGUAAGUGUCAGCCAAUGGGCUUUGGCCCUGACGUCUGGCAGAUAAAGAAUAGCUUAUACUAUAGAUCUAGAUCGGCGGUAAAGCUAAAAACAAGGACUGUGGAACCAGACAGGACGCCAUUAUCAGCUAAAAUAUUAAAUAACCCCGAAAUGAAUGUAAGCCCGAGACUUACGGAGAGUUCCGUUUCCAAGAACCAAAUCGAAAUAUCAAAUCAACCAGAAAAUGGAUCCUGCUCCAUGGAAUGUCAAAAGAAGACCCAGAAUUUGAACGAAGAGAUACAAAAACUCUCCGAAGAACUCAAAUGUAUGAAAGAACGUUUCUGCAAGUCCCAGAUAACAAUUGAUUUUUAUCGUUCCAAGUGUGGCUAUAUAGAGAUAUUGAGCCAAGUACUUCAUGAUCAACGAAGCAACUGGACGAGGAACAAAAUUUAUAAGAUAAUGUGUGCCAUUAAGAAUGGUUCAAAGAAAUAACAAUUUACAAAUCAUUUUAAGUUCGAGAUGAACUAUUGAUUGAUUCGAAAUUUUCCUUGUGUAUGUGUUUAUGCUUAAUCAUAAUUUGUUGACGAAUUACAGUCGCUUU